ACUGAAAAGGAUUGAGGAGAAACUAGCAGUAAGUAGUUUUAUUUUAGAUUUAUUUAAAAUUUCUGUGGUGCUUUGUAGGUAUCCAUCCUGGUUUAAUGAAAAAAAUUAACAAUAAAUUAAUAAUUUUAAAACAUUUCUUCCCAAAAUUUUAUCACUCUACUUACCUGGGUAAUGUAAUUUAUUUACAAUCUAUGUCCUUGGAAGAAAAAAUUUCAUAAUAAUAAUUAUAGAAUUAAUUGCAUUUUGAUCUCUAUUUUUAACCUUUAAAAACACCCUAACCCCUAACCUGGUAAUUGAAUGGGCCUAGCAUUUUCUGUCUACUAAAAAAAAAAUGGCCCUGUCAUGUUUAAAAACUCUGUAAACUUAUUGUUUGAGAAAUAUGUAUUUUAUACUUCAUUUAUUUUUUCAUGAAUAUUUUGCAUUUGCAUCUCCUUGGUGCUUCACUGCUCUAAACAUGCAAUAAAUAAAUAACUUUAUUUUAUAGAAAAUAGAACCACAAGUCUCCCUUGCAUUUUUGUUGUACAAAUAUUACAAUUGUGCCAUCCCUUCAUUAGGUACCUGCUUUCAAAGAGUGUAAACUUGCACAGUCCAUUUCAAUUAAUGGGGAUUGUAACUUUGUACAUUUGUUGUUGUUUUUUUUCUCUUAAGGCUAAUAAAACAGUUCAUUACCAAGUAUUUGCUACCAAUUUAUCCCACUCCUGAGGAGAAGGUAACUUGAACAUUUUAGCUUAUUGGCCUAUUUUAUUCUUGAAAGAAAUGUGUUUUAAAAUUUGUUUCAACAAGGAAGUGUAAUUUUUGUUUAUCAAUGAAAUUAAUGACUAUUCUAUUACAUAUGACAUACACCAAAUUAUUGAAGCAAACAAACCUUAUAAGGCUUGGAAGAUCUGAUUUAUAACAUUUUCUUACAGAAAAAAAACACAGAUGGCCUGAGAGAUCUCAGGAACUCAUCAGCUUUUGGGUUAAUCAUUCUCAACCUUCUGUGGAUGGCCCUUAAUUUCAUGUUCCAGUGUACACAAGCUGGGCGUAUUUCUUUUGACUAUUCAUUUGGUGGCAAAACCUACCAAUUUGAGGUAAACUUUUUUUCUUUUGUGCUGGAGAUUUAGGGGUUUUCCCUACAAAUUUUACGUGUAACAAAUUUAAUGUUAAUAAAGUAAAUUCUCCAUUUGGUAUUUUCAUGUCGGCAAACUGUUUCUGAUUAUAGCUUAACCAGUAAAAUGGAUUUGUUUGUUCCCGCUACCAGGAAAGUAUCCUUGGCUUUGCCUUUGUGGCUCUUCUGUUACUGCUUUUGAUCUUACAAAUGAUUCGAAUGUUGAUGCACCGCAUGAGCACAUUACAGCACCUUCUGGCCAUCACAGAGAUUAGAAUAAGGUAGGACCCCAAGAAAUGUUGCCAGUAUGGCAAUUCCUAAAUGUUAUUCAUUAACAAAGCAAAUUUAAUUUAUUUGUUAUUCAAUUUUAAAUCUGCUUAAAUUUUUAUGUAAUAAACUGUUGAUGCUACUGAAAAUAUAAUUUUAAAAAAUGGCUCUAGACUCUUAGAUGAACUUUCUUAGCAACUUUUUUUUUUACUAAUCAAGGAAUUUUAUUUUAAUGUUUUUCUGGCCAUGAAACUUCAUCAUUUCAUAUAAGUAAAAAAAAAACUAAAUUUUUUAAGCAGAAAGAAUUGCAAGGAUUUUUGUGAUCUUUACCUGGAAGCUGAAAAAAAAUUCAAAUUCUUUUUAAACAUGAAUAAUUGUUUAUUUCUUUCAUUUUACUAAAUUUCAUUCUGUGUCCUCAAAAGAUUUAAAUAUCACUGCAUAACUUUUUAUCGGAUAGGAAAGGCAAAAGGAAAGAUGCAUCCGUGGCACGAAAUAGAGAAGAUGCCAUCAGGCAAAUCAAAGCAGUUUUGCAGAUUCCUUCCAUGAUUGAUAAUGGUGCUUUCACUACACCACCAGCUAUAGCUGAGAAAAACAAUAAACUUGGGGUCACUUUUAUCGGGGCAUCAAAUAAAGGAUCAGUUGGACUAGGUUAGUUUUUCUGAGGCAAUAAAGGAAUGAAAGUUAAUUGUAUUACAAGGGGAAAGUGUGCAAGGGGCUUUUAGGGGACUUUAGGAAGAAGAGUGGUUCUUUUAUUUUCACUCAUUAUUUUAAAGUCACACCCGAAAAUUAUGAACAUUUCUUGACUAGCAUACAUUUUGUAGACUCAAACACAAGCUAUAUUGUAUAGAAGGACCUCCUUUUGUGAUAACGGCUGACCUUUUUAUCAGGCUGAUCUAUACCAACAGUUGGAAACUUCAGCCUUUUGUUUGCUAACAAACUGGAAAAAAAACGGCAGAUAUAUUCAUUUAAAAGAAAACACUUUAAAAUAACAAUUAAAAACAAAGUUGCCGCUCAAGGCCAACCAUUAAAAAUAAAUCUGUGUUCAUAUCAACAGGCAAAGUGACCAAUGAUGAAAGGUUCACCUAUGAACUGGGAAAGUCUUUGAAACAUUUUGGAAAUAUAAGGAAUUCCUCUAAAGAGGUCGUGCUGGACAGGAGGAAUAAGCAAAUCUUGUCAAGUGCACGGAGGCGAAUGAUGGGUGGUACAGUCAAGCAGAAGUGAGUUGUUUAUUCAUUCCUAUUCUUGUUCUGUCCAAUUUUUACUAGGGGGAGGCAUUGCAGGGAGGUGCAGUUGGCUGCAUCCCAGAAGGUUUGAGGCCUGCUGAAGGUUUAUGUUGUUAACUUUGAGGGUGUCCUUACCACAUCCCAUAUGCCAAUGGUGUGGUCUUCCUCUGGUCCCAAAACCGGAGGGCCUGUGUUGUAGGCUUGUAAUCCAGGCUGAUUGACAGGUAUUCUGACCAGAUGGCUAAAUUAAUAAAUUCAUUGUAGGGCCAUUUACUAGCUGACUUUUGUGGCACCAACCAUUUGUCUUAUAUCCUGGUUCCGAAUGUGGUCCCUUCUCCUUUUACCAGUUGACAUCUCAUCUCGCGGUGGAAGAUUCAUUUCCUCAAGAGUGGUAUGCAUAGUCCAGUUCUCGUGUCUGUUAUGACAUGUAACAAGUGCUUCUAAUCAGACUGCUGCAUGUUUGAUUUAAUAUCAACCAUGUUUGAGCUUAUUGAAAUGCACCUGAGACAGCAGACUUAAUGGUUGCAGCUUAGUUUUCAGUAGAUUUUCAAAAGAUAUUUUGUUUGCAUCUCCAUCUAUAUCUUUUAAGAAAUUGUUUAUCAACCAUGUUUGAGCUUAUUGAAAUGCACCUGAGACAGCAGACUUAAUGGUUGCAGCUUAGUUUUCAGUAGAUUUUCAAAAGAUAUUUUGUUUGCAUCUCCAUCUAUAUCUUUUAAGAAAUUGUAUAAAGGGAAAAACUAUUUUUCCACUUUCAGGAUUAAUGAGAUUGACCCAGACCUGGCUAAAUCAUUCAGACCUUUGCUGCCUCCUCGCGGCAGCAAGAUCAACCCACCCAGUUUAAUGCAGGCUAACAACUUCGGAUUCACUACCAAAGAGCUACAUGAUGCAAACUUAUCCACCUUGAAUUUGAUAGAGUCUUCAGAGCGAGCACGUGACUUUGAAGGUGUGGGCGCUAUGGGUAGAACUCUGCUACAGAAAACUAAAAUCAUCAAUGAAGUAGCUGAUUCAUUUAGCACUGGUUCUUCAUCCUUACAUUGGACUCAUUCAGAUGUUGGCGGCCGGAAGAGACCCUCUUACACCAGGAAUAACAAUUUUCAUAGUCGGUCAGUUCGGUUGUAACUUAACUGUAUUUAUGUUAAUGUUUGUCUUACUCCAGGCUUGUUUACAGCAACCCAUUUGCAAUGGAAGUGAUCUGCUUAAUGGAAUCUUUGAGAAUGGAUAGGCAUCAUUUUUAAAUACCGGUAUAGAAAUUUGUAUUUCAUUUUAUAACAUCUGUAUGUCAUGAAUAGGGCAAAAUAGGAAAGAUACUACCAAACAGAAUCUUUUAAAAGAAGGGGAAACAAAUCUACUACAUGGCUUUACCAAAUGAUUUGCCUUUUACCAGAUCCCAAUUUAAAUUUCUCCAUCCCUCAUCUGUCCAACAACAAGGUUUUCAUCCAUUUAUAGAUUUUUGAAGACCCCCUAUAUUUAACAACAAAAUUAUAGAUAAAGUAAUAUUUGUUCGUAAUAGAUUUAUUUUAAGACUACGUAAAUUAUUUCAGCAACAACUUGUUAAACUCAAAU